AGGAAAUUUCCCAAAACUAAAAGAAACAGAAAGGCGUAAAACCGAAAUAAAGGAAGCAAGAAAGGUUUGUCCAGGGAUUACAGCAAAAUCACACCUCUCGAACACUGAAUUUUUCCGAUUCUUGUUCUUGGCCGGAGUUGACAGCAGAAACAUUAAUCUUCUUCUCCCACACUCAGCACAAUCAGAGAAGGUCUUCCUGGCUUCUGCAUGGAUUUUAUGGAUUUUCUGCACGGAUCGGGAUAGGAUUUCCUGGUGCUUUAAUCAGUUGGGAGAUGUUUUUCCAAAUGAAGUCAUCAUCUUCAAGACAGUGACUCAAGUACAUGAUUUUUAGGCAUAGCUGAAAGAUCACCAUGCCUCGUAAGGUAAAUUAUGGAGUUAAUUACGAGGAAGAUUUUGAUGACUAUGAAGAUUACGGUUAUGACUAUGAUGAUGGGUGUGGUUAUGCAGAGGAAGAUGGUACGCCACCAGAAACAAGGUCAAAACAGGAGUUGGUUAACAUUGGGGUUUGGCGUUGUCCCAUUUGCACAUUUGAUAAUGAAUAUACUAUGAAUGCAUGUGAUAUAUGUGGAGUCCUUCGUCAUCCAUUGGUCAAAAGUUGUGCCGGCAGCAAAGAAGAUGCAGAGCAAUUCUUAUUUGAAGGUUUUGGGCAUUUUCCACACUGUUCUUGGUCUGCCUAUUUUAAAGAUGGUUCCCAUGCAGUUGGUGGCAUAUGUAAAGAUUCUGGAGCAUCUGUAAUGGCCAAGUCUCUGUUUGCAUCACUGCUGCUUCAGCAACCAAAAAAGGCUGUAAAUUUUGAAGCACAGAAUUACUCUUUUAAGACCGAAGACUGCUUUAACCUCUACAAGCCUGGAAAUAUGUGUGGACAUUUUCAUGAUUUACUCAGAGCUUUUUGCUCUCAAAGCCAUUGCAAGAUUGAUAUAGUACCUUUCAAGUUUGACUCCCAGUCUCCAGAUGAUUCAGUACUGAGUGGAAUAAUACCAUCCAGAUUACGUCCCAAAGCUGAUACUGACAAGGUCUUACAGUUAAAUGUCCCAUCAAAUAACGAAGAACUAAGUACUGAAGUUAAAAAAGAUUUGGCUGCUGAAGGGCAUCCAAGCUCAGACACAUCAUUAGCAAAAGAUGAUUUGAAGGAUAGUGAUUCUUCCUCGAAAACUAGGGGAAAUGAUGGUGUUACAAGCAGCUUGAACGAUAUGUCUAUUUCAUCAAAGCCUCACAGUGUGGAUACUGGAAAGAGUGACAGUGCAACAUCAAGCUCAAAGAAUAAGCCUCAGAAAAGUGUACAGCCUCCUCAAAUAGAAGAUAACUUCAACCAGCUAAAUCUUGCAAUUGUUGGCCAUGUGGAUUCUGGGAAGUCAACGCUGUCAGGAAGGUUGCUACACCUUUUGGGGCGGAUAUCCCAGAAAGAAAUGCACAAAUAUGAAAAAGAGGCCAAGCUACAAGGAAAAGGGUCGUUUGCUUAUGCUUGGGCGUUGGAUGAGAGUGCUGAAGAAAGAGAGAGGGGGAUAACUAUGACAGUGGGCGUUGCCUACUUUAACACAAAAUGUUACCGUGUUGUUCUGCUUGAUUCCCCAGGUCACAGGGACUUUGUCCCAAAUAUGAUAUCAGGGGCAACACAAGCAGAUGCAGCAAUUCUUGUAAUUGAUGCUUCAGUAGGUGCAUUUGAAGCAGGUAUUGAUGCUACUGGAGGUCAGACGAGGGAGCAUGCACAACUUAUCAAAAGCUUUGGGGUGGAUCAGAUUAUAAUUGCUGUUAACAAAAUGGACGCAGUGGGAUACUCCAAAGAACGAUUUAAUGCAAUUAAGAAACAAUUAGGCACAUUUCUCCGUGCUUGUAAGUUUAAAGAUUCUUCAGUAGCAUGGAUUCCCGUAAGUGCCAUGGAAAACCAAAAUUUGGUGACCGGUCCAUCAGAAGCACGGUUGUCAUCCUGGUUCCAAGGUCCUUGCCUAUUGGAUGCAAUAGACUCUCUCCAACUUCCUCAAAGAGAUUACACGAAGCCAUUCUUAUUGCCGAUUUGUGAUGUUGUAAGGGCACAAUCUCAGGGACAAGUGUCAAUAUGCGGUAAGUUGGAGAGGGGAGCUCUUCAAACUGGAAAUAAGGUUUUAGUUAUGCCAUCGAGAAAAAUGGCAGCAGUGCGUUCUUUGGAACGUGAUUCUCAGGUUUGUAACAGUGCAAAAGCAGGAGACAGUGUCACUAUCAACCUACAAGGUAUUGAUGCAAAUCACGUGAUGGCGGGGGGUGUCUUGUGCCACCCUGAAUUUCCUGUUCCAGUUGCAAAUCAUUUGGAACUGAAGGUUCUCAUCCUGGACAAUUCCAUUCCAAUUUUAAUUGGCUCUCAGUUGGAAUUUCUUGUACACCAUGCUAAGGAGGCUGCAAGAGUUGUGAGGAUUUUGUCAUUGCUUGAUCCGAAGACCGGAAAGGAGACGAAGAAAUCACCUCGAUGUCUUCUGGCAAAGCAGAAUGCUAUAAUUGAGGUGGUUUUGCAAGGGAUGGUUUGCAUCGACGAGCAUUCUAAUUGUAAAGCUCUCGGAAUGGUGUCCCUCAGGUCAUCUGGAAGAACCGUUGCUCUUGGUCUGGUGACUAGAAUUAUAGUGAAGAAGGAAUAACGAAACUUCCAAUACCAGAAUAAGAGCUUGUAAAGUGACGGGUACCUCCUUUUUCUCUCUGGGGCUGGUCAAUCUUUACAUGUACAUUACCUUUAUUCUGAUAGGAUUCCUUUUCUUGUUCUUUAAUCGAACUCUAAUCUUAUUUAGUUUCUUUGUUAAUGUAUUUAUGUAUAAUUUACUCAAGAAAAGUGUAAACGCACUAGUUGUGAAAGGGACAACUUUGAUUCUUUCUAAUUAGGUGCACAAGUAUGGUAUGCGUUUUCGGCAAGUUUUAAUA